ACCAUGCUCUGCAUUCUUGUAGCUUCUCUUCUAAUGGCUACACAAACAUACAUUGCCACUUCACUGGAUGAUCAUGGCUACCAUGGUGUUCUUAAUGACCAUUUCCAAAGUUUAAACCCUAGGUCUGGAAGCAGGUUUCUAGCCAAUGUGGUCAAGGGAGACAAAUGUGAUCUUGUGACUAACAAUGUUUGUCCUGGAAUCCCUGCAAAGGGCAACAGUCAACUGCUAUAUUGUUGCAAGAAUCACUGCCGGAAUAUACUCUCCGACCGAAACAACUGCGGUGUGUGCGGCAAUAAAUGUGGCUUCGGACAACUUUGUUGCAAUGGAAAAUGCACUGCGGUCGCUUAUGAUGUUAGUAACUGCGGUGAAUGUGGCAAUGUCUGCAAGGCGGGAGUUCGGUGUGAGUAUGGGAGUUGUGGUUAUGCAUAAUUAGUAAUCUAGAUUUUUUUCUAUAUAUUUUGUUUGAGUUGUAGAUGAUGGUGAUGGUGGUGGCGGCAAUGGUGAUAAUUCAUUGCACUGAUUCAUGGAGGGGUUGAUGGUUUAAAGGAUAGAAAUUCACUGUCCUAAUAGAAAGUUCUCUCUAGUCACCACAUUAAUUUGUUCUCAUUAAUGAUGGUGGAGGUAUACAAUGAGUAUGCA